GCUGCCAUUCACAAGGAGCUCACGCAGAGACACAGACCGAGCAGCAGCGCCGUCCCUCUCCCCCGUCUCUAUACCCUCCCAUUCAUAAAAAGGCACGGCCCUCCCCCUUUUCGUGGAGCUGGUUGCAACAUCAACAUCCAAAGCAGCGCUGCGUCCACGACCGCAGUCAGUUGCCUUUUACGCACAGGAGAGGAGAAGAGAGCGCUCUCCGCUGCCACGGCCUUUUAAUCCUUCAAACAUUUGGACUUAAUACGGUUCACUGUGGAACUAUUCAUUCCCUGAUUGGACUAUAACGCGAGCACGACGGAGAGAUGGCCCUUUUACCCUGAAUUGUGUUGGAUGCUGCUGUAGAGAGACGUGCCCGGCCGCAGCCCACACAUGGAGUCCAGGGUCCCACAGCACAUCCCGGGGGUGUCCUCCUCUCUCAUGUCCCAGCCUCUGCUGGACAGUCGAGUGCCCUAUGGCCGCCUGCAGCACCUCACCAUCUACCCUCUGGACCAGAUCAAGUCCACCCAUGUGGAGAACGACUACAUCGACAGCCCGGCCGUGGUGUCCCAGCAGCCUCCCAGUCAGAAGGCUCCCCGCAGAGUCACGUGGGUGGGACAGGGUCAAGAGAACUUUCUGGGAGCCAACCACAACCUUCAUCACAACCACCAACAGUCCCACCUGCACCAGGACAACACCACUCACCCCUGGAUCUCCUUCAGCGGGAGGCCCAGCUCCAUCAGCAGCAGCAGCAGCACUUCUUCAGACCAGAGGCUGCUGGACCAUGCCGCACCCACCCCUGUGGUAGACCACCACCCAAACCUGCACUCCAGUGCAGUCAACACGGUCAGCCGCACCCCUGGGUGCUUCUCUUCCUCUGAGUCUAAAGCCCUCAGCUCUUCUUGCACCUCCAAAUCUCUGGACCUCAAGUCAGCCCAGGUGUCUGUUGGAGGGGCGUGCCCCACAAUCGGCCAGCACACACUGUCUCUUAUCCCCUCCUCUCCUGCAGAGAAGAAGCACCUGGUGGUGUGUGAGGCCUGUGGAAAGUGCCGCUGCACAGAAUGCACGCUGCCCCGGACCCUGCCCUCCUGCUGGGUGUGUAACCAGGAGUGUCUGUGCUCGGCCCAAAGCCUGGUUGACACAGCCACAUGCAUGUGCCUGGUUAAGGGGAUCUUCUACCACUGCACCGAGGAUGAGGACGAUGAAGGGUCGUGUGCGGACAAACCUUGUUCUUGUUCACAGGCUCACUGCUGCGCCCGCUGGUCCUUCAUGACGGCGCUCUCCUUCGUGCUGCCCUGCCUCGUGUGCUACCUGCCCGCGGUGGGACUGGCCAAACUGGGACACAAGUGUUACGACAAGGUGAGCAGACCAGGCUGUCGCUGCAAGAACUUACAAGGUCCCACCAAUGUUUGUAAAAGUGUGGAGGCAAAGAUCGGGACAAUAGAGAAGCAGCCGGGGUCAUGAUAGUGGACCAAAGUCUUUGAACUGGACCAUGCAGCGCUUGCUUGUUCUAUGGAUAGGACAAUCCAAACAAUCCCGUAUGACCCCGUGUAUCUGCUGGAACAUGACUGUAACACUACGGUACUUAGUGGCUCUUGGCCUUAUUUUAAUGGGUGAAUGAUGAGAAACAGCCGGAGUAACAGGCCGAUGGGACUAGAUUGUGGAACUGGAGUUGGUUUGUUUUGCAAAAGAUGGCUGAAGGCACAAAGUCAUUGUACCUCUCUGCUGCUCUGUAUUUUCUCAGCUAAUUUUGUAAAGGUAAACUAACCUGAAUGGUCUAAUAUCUGUAAACUUCCCUGCCCCAGAAGCACAGGCCGCUGCCCCUGUCUGCGCCUGAGUCCCUUCCCACGUGGUUUAUGAUAGUUCUCAGAGGAGUAAAAGCACCACUUUACUCACUCUCUCUCCUCUAUUAUGACCAUCACCAUCACUUAGCGUCGCCAUGCUUCCUCUUUCAGCUUAAAGAUGCGAGCUUGCUAACAUUUUAUCUCCAUGGAGGAGCUGUAAAAACAAACACGUUGAGACUUUGAGAUAAUAGUAAUUUCCCCAUUGCGUCGUGCUCUGUGGAAGCAGAUCAGAGACAUAAUCACUUUAUAGUAAGUUUAAGAGGUAAAUUCCUCCUGAACAGAUUGCGAAUGCUGUUCACCAAUCACCUCCCAGGUAAUGCAUGUCACGACCUGCAUGCUUUAGUCUAAUGGUUACCCACCUGUGCUAGGAGUCCAUGUGUCGUAGAGAAAUGUAUAAAGUUCACCCGAUCUUCUCAGGGACUGUUACCGUCUGGCCGAUAGCAUGCUGGUUUACAACUGCCUAAAGGCCUUUAAGUCUACUUCCUCUUUGCACACGCGGGCAAAGAAACGUUUAGGGACGUGAAAGGCAAUAUAGUGAAUCAUUAAAAAUCACGUAAGCUAAGUCAGAAGAGGCCAGUUUUAUUUUACUUUUUUUGCAAGUGAGUGAAAAAAAAACGUCGUUGGUAUCUCGUCAGCCUUAGUCAGAAAUCAACCUGCCACUUGCACAACCUUUUUUUAGGAAGACCCCUUAUGACGGAUGAACUAAAGCACAGUAUUACGAACCACCUCAGCUUUCUCAUGUUACGUUGGCCCGCGCUACAUUUAGCCCGGCCCCUCCCCUCACCCUCUUCACCCCCCCCCCCCCACACACACACACACACCCUCACGCGCACACAAGUGUCUUCUUCAUGUCCGUUUAGCCGUUAUGCUGCAUCGUUCGUCGAAAUCGUUUUAUUCUCAAAGUCUAUUUUUAUGUGGCUUGCGUUGAGCUCCCGGACCGGACGUUGCCAAAGGAAAGCGAGCGUACAGUAGUCGUAGCGUGUCUGUGUGGUCACGAUUGUUAUGCACCAAAUGGAGAUAACGGGGAGUCUUUUUUUGGCAACCCCAUAACACACCUUUUUCAUAUUUGUGUAGUUGCACAACGCUAAUAUCAUUCACUAUAAAACAGCUAGAAAUGACACUGUCCUUUGUCUUGAAUGUACAAGUCUGCGAAGAAAGGUGCCAAAAAUGACUUAGGAGAUGGUGCGCGAGGGGGAGCAAAAAUCACAAAUGUUUUGACAAUAUAUUUAGAACUAGAGCUAUGCAGGUGAAAUGUUCUUUGCUUGUAAAUAGUUUCACAACAUUUGUGUUUCUUUAGAAGAGACUUUUAAAUGUCCCUUGAAAGAUUGCAUGGUACAUUAUAACUACGAUUCAAGAAUAUAUAGAGAAUAUAUUAGAUUUAUAUUUUUGGGGAGGGGGGUGGGGAUGGAAAGGCGGAAAGAGGAUCAAUGCUUUCUGUCGCGGCGAGCACUUGAUUCGGUAAAAGAGUGUCCUUCUGCAAUAAGAAAAAGAAAACACAUGGUUACACUAUCCAUGGCUCAUUAGCAGUCGAGAGGCUAGGCUAAUUCUUUCCUGCAUUCUGGAGACUGGGUGCAUUGAAUUCACACAGGGAACAUAAUCUGCUCUGUCCGGAUCGCCCAUUUCCUGCUCUUACCUCUCUCUUUCUCUCUCUCUGUCUUUCUCUCCGUCAGUACAAAAUGGUCCGACGCAAACAGCUCGGCCUUUUGAUUGACAAACACAGCUGCGGUGCAUAAACUUGUCAUACCAGAAAGAGGGAGGAAGCGAAAGAAGAGUCAGAUCUCUCUCUCUUUUCUCCCCUCUCUCGCUGCUCAUGUCUUCUUCAGCUGUUUUGGGUGCCAUAACUUUCGCCAAUCGUUUUUAUUAUCACCGCCCUUCAAAAGUGUGCUUACGUUAGCUUUAUACUUUACUCAAACGCGAGUCUAUUCGAAAGCGCUACGACUUACACGACUCUUCACGGCUCUCACUCAAAUGGACAGUGCUUCUCCAUUCCUAUAUUUUUGCGUUUUGCAGAUGUUGAUGUUUGGGGGAUACAGAAAUCUGUGCUUUUGUUUGUUUAGAUAGAACAAAAUGGUAAAAAAAAACAACAAAAAAAACUCUCAUAUAAAAGGUUCCCUUUAUAGAUAUAUUUAUUUUGAAGUUCUAUUUUAUAUAGUAUUUAUUUAGAUGCCAACUUUUUGUUUGUGAAGAAAGCUUAUGUCAAAAUGGAAUGUACAUUGACAAUGGAAAUAUAUAUUGUUAAAUAUUA